AUGACGCUCGCCAUCAUCGACGACCAGAUCGAUGAAUUACUCCGCAAUGCUGAACAGCGCCUGAGCGAAAGGUCGAUCCCCGCCAGCCAGUUGUCGCGAUCACCAGCCGACACGGGGAUCACCCAAACCCAACAGAUUCAGCGGGGAACGAAUUCUGAGGAUCUGCUUGCCGUACGAGUAGCUCGAGAGCAGGUUUCUCGGGUGGACUUGAAAAGGAAAACGGCUGGUCCAAACUGGUUCCAUCUCCCUCAAACCGAGCUCACAUCGGAGUUCAAGAGGGACUGGCAGGUACUGCGCAUGCGUGGUCUCCUAGACCCAAAACAUCAAAAAAAGGCUCUGAAAUAUAGUGCACCCGAAUUUUCGCGAGUUGGCAAAGUGGUCGCCGGUCCUGCGGAUUUUUAUAGUGCGCGACUGACCCGCAAGGAAAGAAAGAAUACUAUUUUCGACGAAGUAAUGAGCAGUCAUGAUGGCGAAAAGCUGGGCAACAAGUAUGCUGGAAUUCAACGCAUCAAAACCUCCGGCAAGAAAACGUUCUACCGAAACCUCGUGUCGCAGAGACGCAAGAGAUAG